UCCUCACAGCCCGUCCAGCCCGGGCUCCCGCACAGCCUGGCUCCCCCUCACAGCUCUUCCCGCCGGGGCUCCCUCACAGCCCUGCUCCUACCUCCCCAUGCCCCGGGCUCCCCUCCCCGCGUCCCCCCUUCCUGGCUGGCUCAGCCCCUCAUGGGCGCUGUCAGGGGAUGUCCGUGGUCGCCUCACCGCGGCGGGGGUUGCUCCCACAGACCCUCCGGUUCCGUCAGGGGCAGCCGGGUGUGCCGGGUACCCGCCGGUGUACCAAUAACACAGCCCUGGUCGGCCGGCCGGGGGCUGGUGUCCCCUGGGCUCGUGUCCCUGCUGCCGCCUGGUCCAAAGCCUCCCCCUCGCUUGUGCCUCCCCGCAGCCGUGUCCCGGGGGACGGCGGCCAAGUGCUUCUGGCAUCCAGCAAACCAUCUCUCUUAAACACCCUUUCAGCUCAGCCUGAGCCCCACCGUACCUUUUUUAUCCUUUCUUCCCUCUAAACAGUCUGCUACUUAAAAAAAAAAAAAAAAAAAAAAGAAGAAGAAGAAGAAAUAUCCUUAAAAUCUUCUGUUUACGGCUGCCAAAAACGAGAUGAAAAAUACUCAAGAGUAACGGGGAGCGUCGAGGUCACUGCUGCUCUUUGAAUUAAACUCCUCCAAGUAAAAUACCCCCCGGAGGGGUUACCUCGGCAACAUCGUGUAAACUCAACAGCCUCGUGUCGCAGGAGCUGCCUGCAGAAAGAAGAGCUCGUGAGCUCCACAGUCAGAAAAAGACGCCGAAAAUCGAAUCCAAAAGUGUGUAAUCGCUGUUGAAUUCCUCGCCGGCCAGCAAAGGAAGGCGGCUGUGAGCUGAAAAUGCUUUAUAACUUCUCCUUAGGUUGCUGUGCCGCUUUUGCUCUUCGCUACUGAAGCACCAGGUAAGAUUUGUUUGUGCCUUUUUACAGAACCUCCUCAGUUAUUAUUUUGAAGUGGGUUUUGUGUAUCCAAAAAGAAGUGCAGAGUUUGGAGAAGUUCACCAUCUAACUCUUACUUGACUAAUAUAAUGGGAUGAACCUUUUGAUGGAUUAUCCAUGGGAAUGAGAAAUCAAGAGUUCUUCUAAACUACUUUUGCACAGUUCAUUGGAUGAUCUUGAUCAUAUGUUUCUGGACCUUAAUACAUUUAAGGACAGUAUGUCUGACAACCAACAAAACAAGAGGAGAAGCAAAAAAGGUUGUGGAAGUGUUGCUGCUCUUCAGGAUGCAGAUAAGACAAUGGAAGAAAUGCAUCAGUCGUACAAAGCUCUAGGAAAGAACAGCCAAACAGCAUCAACAUCCAGACCACGGUCAGACCAACAAGUGGCACGUUUUCCAAGUAAAAAUCUGUUUGCAUUACAGAGGAGACAUCCCACUUCUUUAUGUUUCUUCCCAAAGAAAGGCAACAUGGGAUAUGCCUUUGACUUCAGCUUUCUGCUACGGACCUCGUGCCCAGAAUACAACAUUUUAAAGUCAUUUGUGGAUUUAGAUACUUUUCAGAUAAUAAAAGCACAAACACAGCAAAGGUUAAAUAUAACAAUGCUAAAAACCAGGAAUGAGAGAUCUAAGUUUCAUUUGCCACCAGUGACAUGUGAGCCUGUAAGAACAAUUCAUCUUGCUCCUCUAGAGGAUGAUAUUGUCAAUGAAAGCAGCAACAUCAGAAAUAUUUUAAAUAUUAUGAACUCUAUUCCUCAGCCUAUAAAAUCAGUUACCAAAUUUUAUCAUAAUCAGUUAGACAAUCUAUUCAAAAGGCACAGUGAAAAGUCAACAGACUUGAUUGUGGCUACAAUUUCUGAUAAAGUCACACCAGCAGAAGACCUGUACUGCUUCAGCAUGAGGAACUGUUCUAAGUACACCAACAAGAAGAAAGAAGGAAUUCAAAGCCAUUUGGAGUGGAGGGAAGCUGAUGUAGGUGCCCACACUGACAGGAAUGAGCAGGUGAAGUUCCAGGGCUCAGUGGUUUGUGAGAACACCGAUCCUGUGAGCCAAGCCAGGCUCUGUGGUGAUGGUCACCCCCACCUGAGCUCAGGUGAUGCUCUGGUCAGCUGUGGCAGAGCUCAGACAACAUUUACCAUGUCGAGCAGCAGCGAUGCCUCAAGAGCUGGCAACGAGCAAACGGCAGCAGAGAAUUGCUGCAGCAUUGGCCCAGAAGAAGGAAAUGCUGCAGAGAUGGUGCUGGAUUGUGCACCGUGUGAAGGUACUGAAGGUGCAAACUCUGUGCUUGGCAAUCAUGAUUUAGAUCCUUCCUGUGAAAAUGAAGUGUCAGAGGCCUACCAUGCCUUAGAAGAUAAUUCUGUAGUUGCAGCAAUUCCCACAGUAGAAGUUCAAGAUCCCCCUGGAAAACAAACAGAAAAUCAUGUCUGUCUCUCUGAAUCUGAAAAGGAAAAAGAAGAAAUGUCAGAAGCUACUCCAGAAGACCAAAGUGAGCUUGUACCUGCUGUUCAUGUUACAUUCUCUGAGCGAGAGCCAGCCAGGGAACCACACGUUGCUAAACAACCCCCCCCAAAAGAGAGUGGUGUUCAUGGCCUGCCUCCUCAGGGUACUCAGAGCUUCAAUGUUCUCGCUCACAAAGAAAGUGACAAAAAUAGAAGAAAGAUUAAUAGAAAUAAAUAUUCAUCCAAAUCUAAAAUUAAUAACAAGCUAAAGAUGUCUAAAGACCUCAUUGUUUCUGAUGAGAUUACCACAAAACAUAAUGUCAAGAGUCAGAUUUUUCCUUCUUUAGAACUGCCACAGGUGAAAUCUGAGACUUCCCUGAAGUGUCAGAAAAAAAACCCUCAAGGAGACAAAGGCCAUUUUUCUCAGAGUGCUCAGAAACUCAAAAAGCAAAGUUUCUCCUGCAGUUGCAAAAAUUCAGUUGAGUUAAAGAAAAGUGUUACUCCACUUUCUCUGCCACAUGCACCAUCUGCCUUAGAUUUUGGAGACCUGAAAUACAGUGACAUGUUCAAGCAAAUCAAUUCAAAUGACCAAGGCCCAGGGAUUUAUGAAAUGUUUGGAACUCCUGUGUAUUCCCACGUGCGGGAGCUCGAGCGACAUGAGAGCAGGUUUUAUAAAAGUGUUUGUUCUGCUCCCUCAGGGAGAGGCACUGCCAGCACCUGCAGAUGUACCUGCACCAAAGGGAGGGAGAGCAGCAGGGUAAGAAACACUCCAAAGAAAACACAUCCCAAGCCAAAGAAGACAAAAGCUGGCACUAAACAAAAGCAGAAAGGUUCAAUCCCAAAGGAUGGAAGUACCAAGUUGAGUGACAGCAACACAGAGCAAGAUAAUGUGGUAACUUCUGAUGCAGACUUUCAAACAAACACGUCAAGGAGCACAGCAUUGUCUCAUGGAGACACAGAUCACCAGCUUAUGUUGUUAGAAGAGCUUUUUCAGUCAACUAAGCAAAAUGAAUUUUUUUCAAAUUCAAACUUAUCAACUAUCAAAGAAGUUACUUUGGAGCAGUCUUCAGACAGCCAGGAUGUAUCCAACCAUCAGAGAGCUGCUCCCUGUAGCCAGAAUCUUCUUCAGCUCAGCGAUGAAGACUGCAGAGACUGUGUUGCUCCAAGGAGCAUUCUGCUAACAACAGACCAGAACAUCUGUGUAUCCCAGUGCAGAGGGAAUAUGGAUGGUGGCAAAGGCCUGGAAUCAGACCAGGCCUCCUUCAAGUCUGUCAAUAAGUGUGAAGCAUCACCCUUUUCAGAUAGACUGGAGUGUCAAUCCCUUACAGAAAAAUCAAAUCACAGCUGGGCAAACACACCCCAAAAUAGUAUUAUGGCAAAUGAAUUGACUCAGUCUUCAGUGAUUGGGAUAAAAAAUCCUACAAGCCCCAGUUUCCAGACAAGUCAAAACACUUUGUCCUGGACAGAUAAAGAUGUGACUGAUGAGUUGCUUUGUUGCCUGGCUGAAGAAUUGCUAAUGCUUGAAGAAAAAGACUCUGCAAGAACAAAAAAUACAGAUUUUAAAAUGCAAAACACACAUACUGAAGAAGAAGAAAAUAUGAUUAGUGGAGAUGGAGCAAUAGUAAAUAAUGCUCUAGAGAAGAGUUGCAGUAAAGCCUUUUUGGCACCAAGUGCAGAAAGUGGCCUUCUAAACUUAGAUGAAUCUACUAAAUUACCAGGAAGCAGCUUAACUACCAAGGAUCCUAUCAUGUGGACAAGAGGGGAAGUCCUUGGAAAGGGAGCCUAUGGCACAGUGUACUGCGGUCUGACCAGCCAGGGACAGUUAAUAGCUGUAAAACAGGUUGUUUUGGACACAUCAGAUCAACUCACUACAGAAAAGGAGUACCAGAAGUUUCAUGAGGAAGUUGAUCUCUUGAAGACAUUGAAGCACGUCAACAUUGUAACUUACUUAGGGACUUGUCUGGAACACAACAUUUUAAGCAUUUUCAUGGAGUUUGUUCCUGGGGGCUCCAUUUCCAGUAUUAUCAACCGCUUUGGCCCGUUGCCAGAAGUUGUCCUUUGCAGAUACACCAGGCAAAUUCUCCAGGGGGUUGCCUAUUUACACGCCAACUGUGUGGUGCACAGAGACAUCAAGGGCAACAAUGUGAUGCUCAUGCCCAGCGGGACAGUGAAGCUCAUUGACUUUGGCUGUGCCAGGCGCUUGGCCCGGAUCAGCCCUGGCGGCACCCGGAGCGAGACGCUGCGCUCCGUGCACGGCACUCCCUACUGGAUGGCUCCGGAGGUGAUCAGUGAGUCGGGGUACGGGAGGAAAUCAGACAUCUGGAGCGUCGGCUGCACCGUGUUUGAGAUGGCAACAGGAAAGCCGCCCCUGGCUUCCAUGGGCAGGAUUGCAGCCAUGUUCUACAUCGGGGCCCACAGGGGGCUGAUGCCUUCCCUUCCCGAGGGAUUCUCCAGCCCUGCCGUGGAUUUUGUGCGUGCUUGCUUAACCAGAGAUCAACAUGAACGUCCUUCUGCUCUGCAGUUGCUGGACCAUCCCUUUGUGAAAGGAAGACAGUGAAUUUUUCAAAACUCUUGCCAAGUACCAAAUACCUGAUCACCACAAUGGAAUGGGAGCAAAGGAAACAAAUCAGACUUCAGACUUUCAAGCAGUCUGUUAUUUGACUGAUUUGAUAAAAACCAGCAAUGUUUAGCCAAUAACUGAAAGAGGACCUUUGUGUUUCCAACUUUGUAAAAAUUCAACAUAGGAAAAUGGGAUCAUUUCUGCACAAUAGAGGUGAGGUAGGGAAUUUUAUUGAAAAUACUUUUUUUUUUACAAGUUCUUAGAAAUAAAGUUUUUUCUAAUCUCA